GGGUGUGAGAAGAAUCUGCCUCGGUCUCUCCCGCCCGGAUCACUGAGGCCGAGCAUGACCGCGCCGGGCGCGGCUUCCUGCCGGCGGGAUGCACGUCUGCGCCUUCGCCGGCUUCCUCAGGGCCGCUCACGACUCUGGCCUCCACCUCCUUCCAAGGCGUCCUCCCUUCUGUCCCCGCGCUGGCCAGGACCGCGGUCCGUCCGGCCCCGACAGAGCUCCGAGGCCUCCUGCAAGCCCCGCCACUGCCCAGGACGGAGGGAGGCCUCGGGGAAGCCCUCCCGGGAGGGACUCGGCCGGAGCCGGGGGACCAUCCACAGGAGAGUGUGGGCGGCGCGCAGGACGCCCUGAGAAGAUGCUUGCGCAGCUGGAGUGUUUGAAAACAAACCCUCAGAGCGUCGGCUCCUGGGGACGGCAGGAAGGGAACCGGCUCGGGGUGACUCCGGACGGGGGACGCAGAGACCACACGGUGGCGCUGUGGGCCGGGUUUCCCGACGCUGCCGCGCGUGAGUUCGUUCCCGCGGUUCUCACCCUUAGCCCCCAGCAAACGCUGCAGCAGAGGAAAAUCAGAUCCACCUGCCCGCGGGGUGCGGGGGAGCUCGGUUUCAGCAAACGCUGCAGCAGAGGAAAAUCAGAUCCACCUGCUCGCGGGGUGCGGGGGAGCUCGGUUUCAGCAAACGCUGCAGCAGAGGAAAAUCAGAUCCACCUGCCCGCGGGGUGCGGGGGAGCUCGGUUUCAGCAAACGCUGCAGCACAGGAAAAUCAGAUCCACCUGCCUGCGGGGUGCGGGGGAGCUCGGUUUCAGCAAACGCUGCAGCAGAGGAAAAUCAGAUCCACCUGCUCGCGGGGUGCGGGGGAGCUCGGUUUCAGCAAACGCUGCAGCAGAGGAAAAUCAGAUCCACCUGCCCGCGGGGUGCGGGGGAGCUCGGUUUCAGCAAACGCUGCAGCGGAGGAAAAUCAGAUCCACCUGCCCGCGGGGUGCGGGGGAGCUCUGUUUUAUGCCUUGAAAUGCAUCUGCGGCAUCCCAUUGUAAAACUGCCCGUGAACGCGGGCUCGCUCGCGUCAGGCGCUCGCUCCUUUAAACAGGAAGGUGCUCUAAGACAUCGCUGAGAGAAUUAAAAGUAACUACAUAGCAGGAACAGCACGAUCUCGUUUGAAGAUUUUAUUUAGAAACGCCAAAAAAGGAGAGUGGCCAAGAUGCCCGGCUGCUCACCAGCCCACAGGAUGGCUGUAUUCCCAGCAUUCCUUGCAGCGAGUGACUUGUGACCGGCCCAGCAUUCCUUGCAGUGAAUGACAUGUGACUAGGCUCCAGCCAAUGGGGUGCAAGCAGGCCGUAAUACCAGCUGCGUGGUCCCCCAGGCCGGUCCCCUCUCUGAGGGUACUAUCUGUGCCCAGGCACCUCGACACCUCCAUCCCGCCUGGCACCGCCUCCAGCAGCCUGAGCCCCAGAACCUCAGGGACAGCAGAGUCUUGGACCUUGCCUCCGUCCCCUCUGCCAGCCAGGACCACCCAUGCUUAGGGAGUGGAAAUAGACUUGCUGUGCCCAGCCAUGCUCAGAGAGGACGUCAAAACACACACGGACAAAUCAAUAACUCCAGUUACUCACGUGUGGUGUCUUCUCAUUGUGUCUGCUGUCUCUUCCCAUCUCACUGGGGCAGUAGGGCUGCCAUAAGCCAGCACCACAGACCAGGGGCUCCACAACCCUGGUGGCUGCAAGUUCAAGAUCAACACAGGGACAGGGUUAGUCUAGUGAGGCCUCUCUUCCUGGCUUGUGGAGGGCUGCCUGCUCCCUGUGUGCACAAGGCCUUUUCUCUGUGCACACGCAUGUGCACACACACACAACCCCACACACACGUGCACACACAUGCACACACGCAUGCACACACACACACGCACACAAUCUGGUAUCUCUUCCUCUUCUCAUAAGGACUCCAGUCCUAUUGGAUCAGGGCCCCACCCUGCUGGCUGCACUUCACCUUAAUUACCUCCCUAAUGUCUUCUCUCCAGACAGACUCACCUUGGUGGGUGGGGCUUUGUGAGGGUUUGAAUGUCCGUGUUCCCCGAAAUUCAUCUGUUGAAAUCCUCAUCCCCAAGGCGAUGGUGUUAGGAGAUGGGGCCUGUGGUAGGAAUGGGGUCCUGAAGGUGGACCGCUGAUCAUGGGAUCGGUGUCCUCAUAAAAGAGGCCCCAGAGCGCCCCUCCCCCGUCCCCCAUGUGAGGACGCAGUGACACACCAGGGAAGCCGGUCCUCACCACACACGGAAUCUGCCGGUACCUUGAUCUGAGACUCCCCAGCCUUCAAAGCUGUGAGAAAUGCAUUGUUGUUUCUGAGCCCCCAGUCUAUGGCAUUUUGUUAUGGCAGCCAGAACUAAGCCAGGCUUCCGCAUGUGCAUUCUGGGAGGACGCGGUUCAGUCCCUCACACUUGCUCUCUCUAUUUUCCUCCUUAUGCUUCUGUCCUUCAUUCUGAGAAUCUUCUUCUGACCUACUUUCUAGUUAUUCAUUAUUGUUCAGUGAUAUCUAAACUAUUUUUAAACCCACUUACUGAGUUCUGAAACAUCGCUUGUAUUUCUCCCAGGCAAUCAUUUUUGUAUUGCAUUUACAAAUAGGCAUGGAAAUAGAGACUGCAAUGAGAAAAUAGAGAACGCAGUGAGAAAAGUUGGAGUUCUAGAAAGAAAGUGGAGGGAGAAUAGGAAAAAUACAAUCAGCAAAGAAAAAAAAAACAAAUCUUUCCUUUUCGUGUAAUUUUUAUUGCUCCACUGCAGUUCUUGACCUUCUCUUUUUCUUCUCAUGGACAAUGUCUCCAGCGCUCUCUGCAGCCGGCGUCUGAGGGUGCUGUGUCUGCAUUCUCGUGUAGACGUUUUCAUUCACUGGGUCUCCAGUGCUCUCUGCAGCCAUCUGAGGGCGCUGUGUCUGCAUUCUCAUGUAGACGUUUUCAUUUGCAGUGUCUCCAGCGCUUUCUGCAGCCGGCGUCUGAGGGUGCUGUGUCUGCAUUCUUAUGUAGAUAUUUUCAUUCGCUGGGUUUCUCACCACUUACACUCGCGCUGCCAUCUCUCCAUGUGUGCCUGGCUCUUUCUUUCUUUGCCUGACAUUCUGUUUGCAGUGUUUUGGAAGGAGAAUCUGAGGCCAGAAUGAUGGCUCCUCCAGAGAGGGUGAGCCCGAGUGCCGGCAGCCUGGAGGGGCAGGGCGGCGGCUCUGGUGUCCUGCGGUUUGCGUGGGCUCUCUCUGCACUUACACUCACAAAAAGACAGUAUCUCAGGCAGGAAUUCUCGCAGGGUGCAGGCUUCUCUUUUGACAGUUUAAUGUCACGCGUGGGUUCCUUUGUAAACAUCAGAUCAAUAGCGGAGUUCCAAAUGAAAACAUUAGGAUAAGAAGCCCGUGUUGACUCAUCAGUCCCUGGAAUGGCCUAGAAGACGGGGCACUUGGUGUUCGGGGAUGCGUCUGUCUCAGGCCGGCCUCCACGGGUCAGGUAGCCUAGGGUGAGAGGAGGAGGGCGGCGGGCAGCCCCACAGCCGAGAUCCAGGAGAAAGGAAGAGCCACUCACUUUCUCUUCUUCACAAAGUCCUGGGAACGCAGGGAGGGGAGACGGGGUCUCGCUCUCAAAGGCAGCUUUGUAGCCAAACUGCUCCCUCCAGGCAGGAAGAGAAUCCCCGCUCAGAAGAAAGGAGGGCCACCCCCGAUGACGGCAGGUGGCCCCGAGUGUUUGGAUGCAGUGAGCCCCACUGGUUUGGGCCUAACCUCAAGCGGCUGCUGAUGGUUCCAUGAUACUCUUCUCGCUAACACUUCACAGAGAUGUCUGACUGAUGUCCACUGCUCAGCCGCACCCCUGAGCUGGUGAGCAUUCAGGUAGAGCACCCACCUCUACUUUUCUCACCCCGAAAAUCAGAGACUGGUUCUCAGCUGGUGCAGCCACCGCCCCAGCAUGCCGGAUGCCGGACUUUCCCUGCGAACACUGGACAGUCCCAGCAAAGCAGACGGUGGGUCGCUCUGUAUCUCUGAAGAACAGCUGGGCCUGCGUGUGUCAUUCUCAGGCAUCUGGCCCAGGCCUUCUCCUCCAGGAAGGUGGCUGCUCGGCUCCGGGCACUGCCAGGGGCCACGGACCCCACAUCCUUUCCAGGCUGUUCCGCAGCAUCUGCCUUCAUACUCACAGCCACCGUGGCGUGCGUCCCAGGGAUUCUCAGAAUAGAAUUCUGUGCCUCUCUCGCCUCUGGAAGUGACCGUGCUCUGUAGGAAAAUAUCACAGCACACCGGCCUCAAACGGCCACGACGUGGCUCUAAACUGCUCUAAGUAUGUCAGUUACUUAGAACAAUCAGAAAGGGGCAGAACAAGCUGGGGUGUGGAGUCAGGGGUCAGGGCACAGACAGCGUCUCUUGUCUUGCAGAGAGAAUGCUAGCAAUUUGCAAGUUACUUGAAAAGGUUUGUGAUUUUCCAACGCCCUGAGUAAUUCUAGCCAAAAUGCAUGACUCGCCUCACACUAGAUGCUUGCUGUAAUUGUGUCUCUGUAUUAAACUGACUGUUCUUUGGAGCUUCAGAAUGGACCAGGAAGAAAAGGUAAAUACCAACCUCGCUACAACCUCAGAGGCAUCAACGCCCUCCUGCUACAGACGCAUCCGUUCUCGCGUGGCUCCUGCCGGCUGCCCUGGGAGAGGCCACAGAACGCCCUCCACGGAGACAAGGCCUGAGAACCUUCGGGACUCCCGCUGCCACUCACUGUGUUGAACAACCGCCCGGUCCGCACCCCGGGCCCUGCACACACGGCUCUGCAGAGGACGAGGAAGGGCCGUCGGGUGAGACUUCACCGUGGAAUAUCUUCUGAGACACAACAAUCUCCCUGAAUUAAAACUACCGACUCUAAUGUAUAAAAACUGUGUGUUUCAAAAGCCCCAAGUGUUUACAUUCUCCGAUUCAUCCUUCCUUCUUCUAAUUUAUUUUAGGAAAUAAUGCAAAGUACUCACAAAAAUGUAUAUAGGAAGAUGUUCACUGCAGAAUUCAUUAUAAUAAAAACCUGUAAAUGCUC